AUGGUGGUGCAUCGGAAGAGAGUGGGACUGGAUGGGGAGGAAUUGGAGGACAGGGCAGAGGAGGAGGAAGGAGAGGAAGGAGAUGGAUCAGCAGUAUCAGGGUUUAGCAGGUUGAUUCAUUCUGACAGCAUGGUGGUGCACCGCAGGAGAGCGGGAUUGGAUGGGGAUUCUCAGGAGGAAUUGGAGGGAGAGGAGGACGAGGAGGAUGACGAGGAUGAAGAGGGAGAGGGCGAGGCAGUUUUAGGGUUUCGCAGGUUGAUACACUCGGACAGCGUGUUGAUACAACGGAAGAGAGUGGGGAAGCCUGAAAGGAGGAUGGCUGACAUUGAGGAGGAAGAGGGUGCAGGAGCGGUGGAGGAAGCAGCAGGAGAGGAUGAGGAGGAUGAGGGGAAUGAGGAGGAUAAGGGGGAGGGCAGGGAGGGUGCGUGGAAAGAAGGGGGGAAUGGGAGUGGGAAUUUGGUGUUGGAAGAAGAAGGGGGGGAUGAGGAAUCGGAAGGUCUGAGUGACGAAGACGAGGAAGAUGAGUUGGAAGGCGUGGAUAAGGAGGAAACCAGCUGGGAGGAGAAAGGGUUACAUCUGCGAAGGAGGUUGGUGCAUUCUGAUAGCUUGGCUGUGAACCGGCUUAAAAGGAGGACAGGCCGUUCCCCGAGCACAAGUUCAGAUGAACAUUCGGGUGAAAUUUCAGGUGAAACUUCCAGUACUUUCGCCUCUGCUGCUCCUCCUGCUCGUGCAAGGCGGUUUGUGCACUCGGACAGUCUGUCAGUUGCAAGGCUGAGGGGAGUGGUCACAAGCGCACACAGCAAAGGAGACGAGGGUCAAGAAGCGGAUCAGGCAAGGGAAGAGGUGGAAGAGGAAGAGGAGGAGGAGGACGAAGAGGAGGUAGAAGUGGCAGUGCCGGUGUUCCCACAUUCGGACAGUAUAGUGGUCGCAAAGGUGCAGGGUCUCGAGUGGACUCAAGAAGAGGACGAGGAGGAAGAGGAGGAGGAAGAGGAGGAGGAAGAGGAGGAGGAAGAGGAGGAAGAGGUAGAAGUGGCAGUGCCGGUGUUCCCGCAUUCGGACAGUAUAGUGGUCGCAAGGGUGCAAAGCCUUGAGUCGACUCAAGAAGAGGAUGACGAAGAUGAGGAGGAGGAGGAAGAGGGGGAAGAGGAGCAAGACGUGCGAGUGCCGGUGUUCCCACAUUCGGACAGCAUAGUGAUCACAAGGGAGCGUAAGAGACGGAGACCCAGACUCACAGUGCCUCGGCUCGCAGGCAUACACGGCAUGAGGCCUGCUAGUCAGAGCGCCAGGCUCUACCUUCCCCAGGUGAACCCUCCCAGGGCCACAGGCACUAAGCUUGCCAGUCAAAGCGCCAGGCUCUACCUUCCUCAGGUGAACCCUCCCAAGGCGGCAGGCGCAAAGCUUGCCAGCCAAAGCGCCAGGCUGGACCCGCCCCAGUUGAACCUUCCCAGGGCACCAGGUACAAAGCUUGCCAGCCAGAGCGCCAGGCUGAGCCUUCCCCAGGUGAACCUUCCCAAGGCAGCAGGAGGCAUAGGCAGCCUGAUGCCUGCGAGUCAAAGUGCCAGUCGCCUCCCAUAUGCAGGCCCCAUCUCUCUCCCUUAUGCAGUCCCCAUUCUUCUCCCACCCACAGUCCCCAUCGCUCUCCCUUAUGCAGCCCCCGUCCUGGUCCCACACACAGCUCCCGGCUCUCUCCUUCAUGCACCCUCCGCAUUUCAACCACACACAGCCCUCGUUGCUCUCCUUCAUGCAGCCCGCGCCCCUCUCCCCCAUACAGUCCCCAGUCACCUCCCAUAUGCAGGCCCCAUCUCUCUCCUUCAUGCACCCCCCGCAUUUCAACCACACACAGCCCUUAUUGCUCCCCCUCGUGCAGCCCCCGCCCCUCUUCCUUAUGCUCCUCCCAUCCCUCUCCCUUGUCCAGCCCGCGCAUCAGCGCCACACCCCCGCCCCUCUCCUUUAGGCGGGCACCAUAAUUAUCCCCUCCCAGCAACCUGUGCUGCCCCUGGUGCUUCCACUGGUUCUGCUGCUAGUUCUGCUGGUGCCUCUGGUGCCCCUGGUCUUGCUGCUUCCUCUCCUGCCCUCUCAUACACCCCACAUGGCUCCACCUCUCUUCCAAUCUCCAGAAAAGCACUCGCUGCUGCUGCCAGGGCUGCUGUCGCCGCUACAGCUGCUACAGCCUCUCCAGCCGCCUCUCCCUCGGUGCACUCUGCUGCACCGACUUCCUCAUCAGCUCAUGGCACGAGCUUCGCUACAGAUACAGACACUUGCCGUCGCAGUGCAACGCUGCCUGUCUCCAGACAAUCACUCACUGUCGCUGCUAGGGCCGCUGUAGCCGCUACAGCUGCUACAGCCUCUCCAGCCGCCUCUCCCUCGGUGCACUCUGCUGCACCGACUUCCUCAUCAGCUCAUGGCACGGGCUUCGCUACAGAUACAGACACUUGCCUUCGCACCGGAUUUUUUCCCCCCUCCCCUUCCCGCCCCCUCCUCGCUCUCCUCCCCUCUCCUCCUACCCCCCACUUCACCUUCCCCUCCUCCUCCUUCCCCCUCUCCUCACCCCUCUCCUUCCCCCGUCGUACCCCCUCUCCGCCGUUUCCCCCUCAUUCUUCCCAAAUCCCGUCUCGCCCACCUACUCGGGAGGGCACGUGCCGUGGUGGUGCUUUUUAUCCUUUCCCCUCUUCUCCUUGA